GAUGUGACACCAAAGAUGAUGAGGCAUCUGAUAAUUACCAUUAUUUUUCUUUUAAUGAUACGACAAUAAUUACUUUAGUUGAAAUACCAGGAGAUAACGCACCAGUAUCUCGAAUGAUUAUACGAGACUUUUCUGGCCGAUACGCGUGGGAUUCUAGUUUAUUUUAUAAAGCAUCUUUUGAUGAUAAAUAUUCUGAGAGAGAAAAUGCGCAUAAAAAUGCCGAAAAUAUUGACCAUAUAAUUUUGAGACCUGAUAUCAAAGUUGAGUCAAAUAACAAGCCUAAGUCUAUUGACCAACAAUCAUCAUAUACAAAUGAUGAAGAGGUUUUACCUAGCACAUCAUUAAAUGUUGUAAAUGGUUUAUCUCAAAUUGAAGGUCAAUUAGACCGGCACAUACAGGAAGAAACAUUUUAUGACAACUCAAUAGAUGGCCAAGCAAAAUUAUGGUAUGAUAAUUUCAUCUCCCUUAGAAACAAUAUCUUUCAAGAACGUGAAAGUCGACAUGCGGUCAAACGGCGUUCGCGAAAUCCACUAUAUACUCGGUCGACAUCCUACUUAUCGCUAGGGGCAGAUUUUUCACUAUCAAAGUCAUUUAUUCCGGUGCUGCCCCCUGAAGCUGAAAAACCUACAGAACCUUAUCAACUUUGUCGAUUAUUUUUAAGUCAUUUUGGAUGGCUUGAUCCUGAAGCAUUGAAAGACGAUUCCAUCUGCAUGUUAAAUAAAUCAUCUAAUUUAUUUCGUGAUAUACGCUUUUUAGACAAGAAGCAUGCUCGUGAGGUAAUUAAGGUCGCACUCUUGUAUGUUGGUCCUGGUCAAGAAAACGAAAAAAGUAUUUUACAUAAUACGAAUGGUAGCCCUUUAUAUGAUGAAUUUGUGGAGAGUCUUGGAUGGGAAAUCGAGCUUGCGACACAUCCUGGAUAUCUUGGUGGAUUAGAACGAAAUGCAACCAAUGGUCUUACCUCAAUUUAUUAUUGCACUUCGACACUCGAAAUAAUUUUCCAUGAUGUAACAAAGAUGCCAACCGAUUUAACUGAUCCUAAGCAACUAAGAAAAGUAAUGUUAUUAUUAGCUUUGCGUCAUAUUUCAUUUCAUAUGCUAACAUUACUUUUUCAUUACCAGAAACGUCACAUAGGUAAUGAUCAUGUUCACAUAGUAUUUAACGAGCAUAGCAGAGAUUAUCGUAAGACGACUAUUGGAGGUGAUUUUGGCAACGCACAAAUUAUUGUUACUCCUUUGCCUAAUGGCCUGUUUAGCAUAGACAUUUAUCGCGAUAACAAAAUCCCUCCAUUUGGGCCAUUAUUGCAUGGUAUGGUAGUUUCAAAAAAUGUGUUAGGUCCUUUGGUACGACAAACAGCGGUUCAAGCAUUUCGAAACAGUUUGCGUAAUAUUCAUAGUUCGAAUAUAACAAUGUGUCACAAUUCAUAUAUGGAACGUGCAUCAGAUAUUAGUUUAAUAACGGGGCGGCAUAAAAAUCCCAAUUGUAAUACUUAUGAAGCAUUUAUGUCAAAAUUUUUUGUCUCGGAUUAUGUUCAUUAA